AUGGCYUCGGGUGGAGUCUCAGCCUUGGCUCGAAAAGCCUAUGCCAGCCAACUUAACAUCCAGGAGCCUGCCCCGAAGAAGCAGAAGUACCCGGACGCUCCGCAGAGGUUGAGCUGUCCACAUGCCCUCGUCUUCACCGACGAGGACUUAGAGGGGGUUACAGUCCCCCACGAUGAUGCCCUUGUGGUCGUAGCCAUCAUCUCCAAUUUUAUGGUGAAGAAGAUCUUGGUGGAUAGUGGCUUAAUCAUGAGAUUUACCAUUGUUGUCACCUUUUUCGCCUUGUUUGCAUUUUCUUUCUUGCAUGGAUCCAGUUCUACCACCACCAAGCACUACAUAGUUUACAUGGGAGACCACUCAUACCCGGACUCAGAUUCUGUGAUCAGUGCUAAUCAUCAGAUGCUUGCUUCAGUUGUUGGCAGCAUUGAUGGAGCACAACAGGCAGUAGUUCACCAUUAUACCAAGAGCUUCAGAGGGUUCUCUGCCAUGCUCACGGAAGAACAAGCAGAGAAACUUUCUGAGAGUGAAUCGGUUGUUUCGGUUUUCGAGAGCCACACAAUUCAUCUUCACACCACACAUUCUUGGGAGUUCUUGAGAGUUGAUUCUAUUAACCAAUAUAAUCAAUUGCCGAUUGACGUGAAGUCGGAUAUGAUCAUUGGUGUCAUUGACACUGGUAAAGAAUUUGGAAGGAAACCAAUUGCGAAAAUCUCUCGUACAGUAACAGUUCUGAAAACAAGGCCAGCACCAGUGGUAGCUUCGUUUUCUUCGAAGGGACCAAAUAAAAUAGCACCUAGCAUAAUUAAACCAGAUAUUACAGCACCAGGAGUAAAUAUAUUGGCAGCUUGGUCUCCUGUGGCAACUGCUGAAACAGCAGGACGACCGGUUGACUACAAUAUAAUCUCAGGGACCUCCAUGGCCUGCCCACAUGUCUCAGCCAUUGCUGCUAUCAUCAAAUCUGUCCACCCGUCAUGGAGUCCAGCAGCCAUACAAUCCGCAAUCAUGACAACAGCUACAGUACUUGACAAUACCCAGAGACCCAUAUUAAGCAGCUUAGAGGAAUCAGCGUCGACGCCUUUUGACUAUGGAUCUGGACACGUAAAUCCAGUUGCAGCACUAGAUCCUGGGCUGGUUUACGAUUUUAAUUUCAAUGACGCUUAUGAUUUUAUCUGUAAUGAGAAGAAUAUCACACUCAGAGACGCGCUGAGAUUUACAGGGAAGUACGUUCCUUGUAAAAACCCACCGGUCCCAAUCUACAAUCUGAAUUAUCCUUCAAUUGGUGUGACAGACAUGAGUGGAAGCCUCUCGGUUGAUCGCACAGUCACUUACUACGGUGAAGGUCCAACUGUUUAUGUUGCAUCUGUAAUGCAACCACCUGGAGUAAACGUUAUGGUCCGUCCUAAUCAGCUCAAAUUCAGCAAAGCCGGUGAUAAGAAGUCUUUUAUGAUAGAUUUCAAGCCCUACAAGGAUAGUAAUGGCAGAUUUGUGUCUGGGGAGUUGAUAUGGAGCAACUUAAACGGAGUCCAUAGGGUUAGGAGUCCCAUUGUACUUCAUGUGCUCUCAGUCUAG